CGGUGACGACAGUGGCGGAGAAGACCCGGAGAGGCUCUGCGUUGUGGAGUGGCGCUGCUUGGGCUGGUGGCAGACUGCAGGCUGCUGGCGACGCGGUUGAGGAGAACGGCGAGUGGGUUCGGCAUUUCCCGUUGGGGUCUCUGCAACGAUGAGUGCUGCCAGAGAGUCCCAUCCGCACGGGGUGAAGCGAUCAGCCUCCCCAGACGACGAUCUUGGAUCUAGCAAUUGGGAGGCAGCAGACUUAGGUAAUGAAGAAAGAAAACAAAAGUUCUUGAGACUUAUGGGUGCAGGAAAGAAAGAACAUACUGGUCGUCUUGUUAUAGGAGAUCACAAAUCCACAUCUCACUUCCGAACAGGGGAAGAAGACAAGAAAAUUAAUGAAGAACUGGAGUCUCAAUAUCAACAAAGUUUGGACAGUAAAUUAUCAGGAAGAUAUCGACGACAUUGUGGACUUGGCUUCAGUGAGGUAGAUGAUCAUGAUGGAGAAGGUGAUGUGGCUGGAGAUGAUGAUGAUGAUGAUGAUUCACCUGAUCCUGAAAGUCCAGAUGACUCUGAAAGUGAUUCAGAGUCAGAGAAAGAAGAAUCUGCUGAAGAACUCCAAGCUACUGAGCACCCUGAUGAAGUGGAGGAUCCCAAAAACAAAAAAGAUGCAAAAAGCAACUAUAAGAUGAUGUUUGUUAAAUCUAGUGGCUCAUAACUCCCAAACACUUAGUCUUUGUAUUAAAAGUAAGCCUUAUUGUUAUAAUGCACAGUGGAGGACUGCUUAUAGAGCACAGACCUUUGUAUUAUAAUUUUUAAAAAGGCCCUUUUAAAUAAUUACAAAGAGUGUUUGCUUUCAGAUGCCAUGGGUUACACUUUUAUGGGCAUGACUAUAACCAUUUUUGUAAACAGUAAGAGUUGUAUAAAAUAAGAAAUAAAUACAAUACUCAACUUCCUUUCAUGUUAGCAUCAUCAAACUUCUAAUACUACCUUUUUACCCCUUCAAAUACAGUUAUGGGGGAAACAGUAUUUUUUGUGUGGUAGCUGUUUAUCUUUUUUUGUUCCUUCAUGUUUCUCUCUUAUACAAGUUUAUCUGGUACUGUGAUGUGUCCAUAAAAAUAUUCUUUUAUUAUACUCUCUUAUAGUAGAACUAUUCAUGGAUAUUUCUGCUGCCAGUAACAAUCUAAAUUAAUGCUGGCAAAAGAUUAGGUACUUAGUUUACUCUUACUGAAUCAGCUCUACUCUUUUGGACCAAAGCAACAUGAGAGCAAAUACUUUUCACACCGGUUAGGAUGGAGUUGCAGUUGUCAUAUAUUUGGAGUGUUAUGAUCGCAAGCAGUCUUUACAUAAUUUGAAUGACACUGUAUGUUAGAGUUUUGAUAAAAUUGGCCAAUUUUUACAGAAGAAAUUUUUUCUCUGAUCAUUUGGUCCUAUCUAUUUAGGAAUAUGUAAAACUGGAUUUUUUUUUUUUAAGGUAAUAUGUGACCAAAGUUAAUUUUCUUCCUAACACCUAAAUAAAGAGAAAGCAGUUUCUCAUAUGUGGUUGUGAUACCUUUAUCCUCAUUGUCUGAAAAUGAGGAAUAGGCUUAUUGAACAAGAAGCUGAAACAAGAAAUUCUCUUCAUUUUAUCCCAGUGCUGUUAUCCUGAUUAUCUAAUUACAAAAAGGAGUAUUGCUAUAUGAUUUUAUCGCCACUUCUGUUGGAGUAAGAUCUGACUGUUAUUAUGUGGUUAAUUUGUACAGCAGAUUAACACAAACUGCAUUAUGGGCUAGUCAAUGAUCUUUGAGUAAUUGGGUUCAAAAUCUUAAUGUUUAAUUGACAUGUUCAAAGACUUUGAGUUAAACCUUUUUGUUUGCUGAACUGUUACACAUCUAGAUACUUAAGUAUAUGUUUAAUGUGUUGGAUUUUUUUUUUUUUUAAUUCCUGUGUCAUUUUGAAAUUUAGAAUGUUCGAGGAAUGUAGCAAAUAGAACAAGUGAUUUCUGGAUUAUGCAAUCCAUCCUGAAAUUUUUUUCAUAUAUCAGACCCCCAACAUUUCAUUUUUUCUUAUUUCUCACAUUGUUUUAUAAUAGGUGCUACACUAUAUAGUAAAAUACUGAGUCAGUGGCUAGCAGAAUGUGUAACAUUUAACAAAUAGUAUCUGGUUUAAACAAGUUUGGCUUUGUUCAAAUUUCAGUUUGGCCACUGAUUGUCAAAUAGCUAGUCUGUAGGGUUGCUUAUUACAACUAAUUUAAGUAGAAAGUGAAGACUGAUAUAUGUUUAAGAAUGGAAGAGGGAGAGACCAGUAUUAUGUUUUAAAAGGUAUUUUCAUCAAUUUAUUUAAAUAUGCUUGGUUAUUUAUAAGUCUUGGUUCUUAUAUGUAAAUAGAAGAGCCUCCUUCUAAAAUAACUACACUGGAAGACCUUUUUUCUUCAUCUUCAGAGAGAGAAAUUCUCAUUCCAAUUCAUAUAUUAUUGGACAUUAACAAAAUUCAGGGUUGGAAUAAAUUUAGGUCUGUUGGUCCAUGUGGCCUAGUGUCCCAGCACCACAUUAAAUAUCAUGGCUGUCUUUUAAGCAUGAACAUUGGGUUGGUUUUUGUUUUUGUUUUUCCUUAUCAAAUUGUGUGUGUGUGGUGGGUGGAUUAAAGGAAGAGAGAUGCCAUGGCAUUUUGUUAUCCCUACUGAAGUACCAGAAGGGAAAACACAAUUUUUUUUGGUGCAGUGAAACAUGCUAUUGAGGGGAAAGUUGAGUGGCAACUUUUUCCUACUAUUGAUAAUUUCUUACCUGAAAUACACUUCUCCCAAGUGCUUGACUAUACCAGUGAUCCAGUGAUCUUUCUAUUGUAAAGGUUUUCAGGAACACAGAUUCCAAUUUUGUGUAUUAAUAGGUAAAAAUCCUCUUCUCAGAUCUAAUUUUUUAAAUCCGGAUGAAUUGCAGGUACAGAAGAAAGUCUGAAGUGAUUGCUGUUCUGAUUAAACAACAGUUUGAGAGCA